UAAAUACGAGUCUUCAAUCGCGAUAGAAGGAUUAACACCAGGCUACACUGUACUGUAUAAUCUAAAAUAGGCAAUACACAUAUAUAGCACAUAUAUAUAAACGGGUCCCACAUAUUGGAAACUGUUGCGGUAUGCCGCUUACAAAGCAAAUACAAUUUCCCCCACAUACGCACACUGGGAGACGUGAAGAACACUCGUGGCAUGUAUCUUUCGUGUUCAAAGGCACACUUACAGAUACAUAUAUUUUCUCUGUUGUGUUACGGUUGUCAAAGCAGACGGCAGUUUUGGAAGAGCUCUGAACCGAUGCAGUCGCGUCUAUAAUUUCGGCUAAGUCGAUGUGGUAUUUAAAAAAUCGUUAGCUAAACACAUCGAGUUGAUGAAAUAUUUACUUAAUGGAAACUUUUAAUAAUAAUUAUAAUAAGCCCUGUGAAGUAAAAUAAUACCAACUUUGCUCUGAAAAGCACCAAAAUAAAGACGCUGCAUUCAAAAGUUAAAUAUUUAUAAAAACUUACCAAUGACCUAUACAGGCAAUGUUCAAAUUACAAAAUGUGAAAUAUAAUUUAGAAUGAUAUCGAGUUGACAAGACUCAUGAAACGGAUGCGUAAAAAUUAAAAUGUACCAAAUGAGAAAUUUCGUAAAUACCUGGGUGUAUAAGUUAUCCUAUAUUAACUCUUUAUACAUCAAGCAUAGCAUUACCAUCGUCUCGAGAACAUUUAGUUAAAUGUCUGACUGGGGUAAAACUAUUGCUACUGCAAUGUUAGUGCAUUGAACAUAUACAUAUGCACAUACAUAUGGGAAAAUGCUGAUAAUAAUAAUGGACAAAAGCCAUUAUAAUUAACACAGUAAAAAUAACAUAAGUGAAAAUAUCCAACAAGAAAUGUCUAAUAAAUAAUAAACGUUACAAUUUGCUAAGGGCAUCGUUUGAAGAUAAAUAUAUUUUAAUAUAACCAACAUGAAAAAUGAUGACGCUAAAGUAUUCCAAUUUCAAUGGCAACUUGAAGUUAUCGGGUAUAAAAAUCUACAAAAUCUCCCAAUGACUGUACAGCUUGAACUAUGUCAAUUCAACAAUAAUACAUACUGUUGACUCUGAUACAGCAUAUAUGGCUCUGCAUUCACAGUUGGAAUAUCAAAACGUUUUACUUCCACCACUGAUGUAUGUGGCCACUACAUUCCUUGCCACAAGCGGCGUUAUUGGAUUGCAGCAAAACGUUUCUAUUGGUUACGAUAACUUUCUAGAAACAUGGACUAUUGGCAAUCACAGUUUGUCACCAACGUCAUAUACGUCUGGCAUCCCUUCGGUGCAGUCAAAACUAAAUGACUCAGGAAAUUUCGGAGAUUCAGUGCCUACCCUAACAUUUUUCAAUUACUACAAUGAAUCUACAGCGACGGCCGAAUGGGCUCACUUCUACGAUCUCGUUCUUUCAUGGCAGGGCAUUUGCUUGAUUGCUGUGUUCUGCACGUUUAUCAUUGUCACCGUUAUUGGCAACACACUCAUUAUAUUAGCUGUUCUGACCACUCGAAGACUUCGAACGGUUACAAACUGUUUUGUUAUGAGUUUAGCAAUAGCUGAUUUACUUGUAGGGAUUUUCGUUAUGCCACCAGCAGUAGCUGUACAUCUAAUUGGUUCCUGGCAACUCGGCUGGGUACUCUGCGACAUUUGGAUAUCUUUUGAUGUCUUGCUGUGUACAGCAUCUAUUUUGAGUUUGUGUGCCAUCAGUGUUGAUAGAUACCUUGCUGUUACACAGCCACUUACUUAUUCUCGGAAACGACGUUCCAAGCGCCUCGCGCUUUUAAUGAUUCUUAUUGUUUGGAUCUUGGCAUUGGCAAUUACUUGUCCGCCCAUGUUAGGAUGGUAUGAACCUGGACGCCGAGACCUAAGAGAGUGUCGUUACAACCAAAAUGAAGGCUAUGUAAUUUUUUCAGCGAUGGGUUCAUUUUUUAUACCAAUGGCUGUUAUGAUUUAUGUUUAUGCCAAGAUUUCUUGUGUGAUUGCAAAAAGACACGAUAAUAUGACUGAAAUUAAUGUUCAUAACAAGAAAUUUAAACGGUACACCGCCGCCGACGUUGAAAAUGAGUUCUCUGAACAAGAACAUAGUACGGGCUACAAAAGCAAACAGGCUACUGCGCAAACAUUCUUCAACCAAACAAUUUCCAAGGAUCUACAUGAAAUCGUACUUAGCGAUAACGACAAUCUUGGAGUACCAACAUCAGGUGGAAUUCAUGGUGAAAAUUGCCAGACCUUGUUGGCUCUGCCAUCAACCCAUAAUGCUAGUGGAAAAAACAGUUGCUAUGAAUUAACUCGACCAUCUUCAUUGUCUCUGAAACGGACGUCUACCGCUUCUACGACUAUAACCACAAUGGCAAGCGCUGUAGGUCCCAGCAGCAGUUUAUUAGAUGCGCCAUGGCAAGCCCAGCCACAACAACAACCGCACACUCACAGCUUUCGGCAUUCGCAUCUAAGUGUGGGUGGUGGAGACAGACUGCGUGGCCACCAUAAUCAUCCGUCUGCAGGGUCAGGAACGGCUGAUGUUUCCACCACUACUUCAACCAAUAUUAAAUCUCUGUCGAACCGCAUUACAUCCCUUAAAAAGGAAAACAAAACAACCCAGACACUAAGCAUUGUCGUUGGUGGGUUUAUCGCCUGCUGGCUCCCGUUUUUUGUCUACUAUCUUAUAACACCGUUUCUGGCCGAGCACCAAGUCAGUAGCACUUUGGCCAAGGCUCUUACUUGGCUCGGUUGGUUCAACAGCGCUAUCAAUCCUUUUAUCUACGCAUUUUAUAGUGUCGACUUUCGUGCCGCCUUUUGGCGUUUAACCUGUAAACGAUUUUUUAGUGACGACCAAAAGCCCCAAUUUCCCACAAACACAAUGUCUAUUAGGCGAUAGUCGUGGCGUGUCGCCCCCUUACAUUCCUCCCGUACAACCACAGAAAUGAUGAUAUAAGGGAUAGGGCUUGGCGACAUGGCAACAUUUCCUAAGCUACUACCGAUAUUGCUUUUAGAUUAUACAACUAGAAAUUGCUAUAGACACAAAAUAUCUAAAUAUAUAUUAUAUAUUUAUAGACCCUAACGUGCUUGAUAUGGUUUGUUGAAGUUUUAUUUAAAGAAUAUUAUUUAUAUAUUUCUACGAUGCUAUGUGAAAAAAGUAUUAGCCAGCUUUCAUUUAACAUUAGCAUGUAGACAUAGACACAUAUGCAUGUUUCACUCUAAAAAUGAGCAUACGAAUAAGCACGUGUUGCAACUGUGCCUACGUUGCUAAUCAACAAUACAAACCAAAUUUUAGACAAAGGUCACUAUUAAUAUUUUUGGUUUAUAUAUACAUAGUAUAUACAAAAACUGAAUAUAUGUAUAUAUUGUUAAAUAGGAAUAUCUAUACACAUUUUGAUAUCUUACCAUCCUUCUAAUGAGAUUUUCUUCAAAACAACAACAACUUCCAUAAGAAACAUAGUAGUAUUGUUCUUUGUAUAUAUAACAGUUGAAAAUAAAUAUAUACACGCACUACAUUUAAAUUGUGAUUUAGCCCUAAUUAAACCUAAUUACAUUUAAAAUAAAGAUUUUGUGACAUUUCUUAGAUCCAUUUUGGGUGGCAUCGUAAAUAAAAUGCCGAAAAGAAAAUAGAAAUUGCAGUCAAUUGUGAAUAAGUAGAAGUAAUCUUAGCAACUAUCUAUAUAUAUAUAUUCUUAGUAAAAAUCAAAUAUGUACAUUUACAGUAUAUCAAACCAAUUUAUAUAUGCAAAUGCUUAGGAAAUCCAAAUUUAAAAUUCCUGCUCACCGACAGCAUAAUAGCAUUUUCAUAAUAUUUCUUAUAAAAUACCUAGUGACAUACUAAACGGUGACCAGCGCGUAGCCAAGGCGUAAUGGCUACAAAUCGGACGAAACUCAAAAUUUCGCCUUUACAACUUACAUUUAUCAUCAAAAAAGGCCGAAUUUUUAUUAAAAUCCUUUAAAAUGAUUUUGAAGCCGAUCGGACGGUCAACCAAAAACUUUCAUACAAACAUUUUCCGCUAAUUUACCUCUAUUACGGGUGGAAUUCGCAAAAUCGCCGAACCACGUCUCCAUUGAGUUUUUUUCAUAAACAUCUUUGGAAAUGAAAUUAAUCUCAUCACUUCACUCACCAAAUCUUUGACCCUCAUUCAUAAACACCCCCUAAUUAAGUUGUCUUAGCGUGCACCUCCAUCACAUAAGGUAACUACAGUGGAAACUUCAGCUACUUAGCUCUUACGGUUUGGGCUGUGCGUUGAUCACCAAUCAGUCAGUCAGGACAAACUGUUUAUAUAUAGUGAUAAAUUUUAAUUUGUGUUUUACAAUGAAGUAAGAAUUUAGUGAUGCUCUUGUCUAGCGCUGCGUCUAAGGUAGAAGUUAGUAUUUGUUCAGAGAUUUGUACACUGUGAAAGUGAUGGUAUAUAUAUUAUCGUUUUUUCGUUAACAACUUUAUUUUUCCUUAUAUAAUUCUAAGGCCAAGAUUGAACGGUUACAAAAGUAAUAUCUCAAUUUUAAAUUGAACAAAAUAUUUUUUAACUUAUUUAUGUUGGCUAGAAUAUUAGUUUGACCCUUUUUAGUUUUCCUUAAGAUUGGUUUUUAUAAAUUAUAUAUAACACAUGCAUAUACGAGCAGGCUUACGUGUUUAUGGUGACCACCUUUUCUUUUGUGGACUUAAAAAGUUAAGUUAUUUAAGAAAUGCACAACGCAUAAAAAGGGUUUUUUCAACUUACAAAUGGAUACUUCUAAUCAAGACGGCUAGUUUUAUUAGAAUGCCUCUAGAGGUAUUUACAAGUCUUGAGUAAUAGAUCAACUUUUUAACCAAAAAUGUACAUAUUUUUUUUUAAGGGCCAGAAAUGCUUCCGUUAGCCUAUUUGAAUAAUUAAACUUAUAUGUUCUCCAAUCUGGGUAUGAAAAAUCUUGGAGCCGGGCACCAUUGAAUAACCCACUCUUAAUUUUAAAGGGAACAGUGAUAUAUUUUUUGUAUUCUAUAAAAUAAUCAAAUUGCGUAAUUUAAUUUCUGUAUGUCGUAUGCUUUCGGAGAUAUCCUAUUUUGAAGAAGUCAGAAGCAAAUAACAAAAUUGAAUAUACUUAAUUUUCGAAUGGUAACUUAGCCCUAUAUCUGUCUUAUCUGAGGGUAGAGCAUGUACAAGCUCUGGGCUCAUUAUCAAAUGGAUAAUCCAUCUCAAUUAAAUGCAUCUACGUUAAUAAGUAAAUAUAAGUAAAUAAAUUAGCAUUUAAAUAAAUAUAUUUAUUUUAUACGUGCUCUUACCUAUGUUUUAAUUUAAAUAAAAAUGAUGGACUUUGUAAGCAAUUAA